AUGGUGGAGGAUAGAGGAGACCCUGGGGGUUUAGGGGUAAAGGUUUCUAAGACUCCUGACUCGUCCAUGAAACUAAAACGUAAGGCAGUGAACGACUUUACAUCCCAACAGAAGUUGACAAAGAUUCCGAAGAUGUUGAAUAGGAAUGAGAAAGGAUGGUUUUCAAAAAGCGAGUGUGAGAAUGACUCGCCGCCCCGAAAGCCAAAGCUGCCAAGAAUUCCUAAGCUUCCGAGGACUCCAGAUGUUUCAAAGGAUGGGAAUGAGGGAGAGAACAGAGAAGAGACAUCUCCUAGUGCUUUACCUGAAUCACAAACGCUGAACAAACCUGCAAGAGUGGAACUCAAGCCGAAACCUUUUAUCAAACCUGCCAGUCCCAAUGGUAAUAGGCCAGGUAGUCAUGCUUGCCCUAAUCCGGUCAGGGUAUCGCUGCCAUAUGGCAAUGGACAUUUUGGGGCAAAAGUCUUUACGAGGCAGCAGGUGUUCUCUGAUUGGACUCGCAGACGAUCAGGGUGUCCUCCAGAGGAAGUGGAAGGUCCACAGGCCAUUCGCAGGUCAAGCUCGGAGACCAGGAUCAUCCGACCCAUUCCAAAACCCAAGCGGAACAUCAGCUUCGCUUUGAAUCUAAGGAAGGUGCACUGCUUAAAGCCCCGUGAAUAUGGAAAUGAUGUCAUGUUCAAUAGGUCUUACAUCGAUCCUGAAGAUGCACAGCGUUUUGACGAGGAAGAGGAAGAUGCUCCUGUGAACUGCCAGAACACGAAGGAACAGCCCCCUGUUAGGUAAGAGAAGCGGCAAGAUAUAGGGGAGCUGAAGCCUGGACCAAGCGGUGCAUGUGAAAAGCCCUUCAAAAGGAAGCGUGAAAUGCAUGAGCCUGCUGCCAUUUUGAUGAAAAAGAGCGUUGUUCAGGCAAACCAUUUGGAAGAAGUCUCUCCAUCGUGA